AUGUUGAACAACACCAGUUCUGACUUUGACCUGACUAUUCGUCAGCAGCCCAAUCGGGCCCGCGUGGCGGGGGGCAAAGAAAAAGAGCGAAAGCCGAUCGAUCCGCCCCCGAUCGUUCAGCUCCGAGUGCGAGAGGAGGGGACUUACCUCGCACAACACUACUUGCAAAGUCCGUACUAUUUCCUGUGCUGCAGUCUCUACGAUCCCACAGAGGAGCGUCCUGUACCCGUUGCACCGUCGACCGCAUUAGCAGGAACCCUGGUUUCGUCGCUUCACCGGUUGAAGGACGUGGACAACAGCGAUGGAGGGUUCUUUGUCUUUGGCGAUCUCUCAGUGAAACUGGAGGGCGAGUAUCGCCUCAAGUUCACCCUCUUCGAGAUGCGCAAAGAUAAUGUCUCCUACUUGAAAACUAUAAUCUCAGACCGAUUCACAGUGUCCCCUCCCAAGAGUUUCCCGGGAAUGAUGGAGUCCACUUUCCUGUCACGCUCAUUUGCAGACCAAGGUGUCAAAUUGCGCAUUCGCAAGGAGCCUCGGACCAUGAUGAAACGCCCAGCUCCACGACCAGAUGAAUUCCCUCCGGCAGUUGCUGCCCGGUCACCGGAACGUCAGACAGUACAGAUCCCGCCAGCAACUGGGUAUGGAGGUUACCCACCAACAACCCGGGAUUAUUCGUACUACGGUCCGCCACCAGUCAAGCGUCACCGUACCUCGAUCGACUAUGGUAGGCAGCAAGGUAUAUAUGACGCGGAGAGUCGAAUGCCGUAUAGCCAGCCCACAACUGCUUUAUAUCCCGGACAGGCAGGAGCCUACCAACCACCCAUGCACUCCUAUGCCGGAGGGCAGGUGAUGCCUGACUACUCGGUCUGUUUACCACCCACCAGCUCCUCGGAUUCCACCACUGACGUGGAUCAGAUGUACUCGGGAAUUCCUCAACCUGGCAUCCCACAAGCCACCGGUUUAUCCCAGAUGCCUGAUCCUUCCGGGCAAAGCCGAUCUAGCCAACAAGCCGCUGUGGGACAAUUGAUGGCGAUGAACCAGCCUGGGACACCUACCCCGGAUUCGACUGGAGCGAUGAUGGCCCAAGGAUACCGGUCCGGGCAGCCCGCUAGUUCUACGGUUCUGCCCCCGUUGCAGCGAAAUCGUGACUACCAAAAUGGACGUGGAUAUUUCGACCAAACCCAGACGAACACCCCCAUUCUCCCGUCUCAAAUGGUCAAAGAAGAAGAUCGCUUUGGCUCCGUGGCCGGUCCAACAGCCUAUGAUCAUCCUGGUUUCGCUAAUGGAACUCCCCAAUAA